CUGGGGUCAUCUGGCUCCCCGAAUCGGAGUUUCUACAUUAGUCUAUCCACUGUGGCUAGUAACCUGGCGCCCCGCUUAACAUGGCUCAUCUAGUAACUUAGUUGAAUAUCCGACUAACUCUGUUUAGGCCACGUCAAAUCAUCCUCCAACAAAAAUGAUCGAAUUAGAAUCAAUGACGAGGUAUGUCUCACCAGUGAAUCCAACGGUCUUCCCAAUUCUAGCCCUCGUACUACUGGGAAUUGGUAUUUUCUUUACCGCCUGGUUCUUCGUUUAUGAAGUGACUAGCACAAAAUUUACACGAGAUAUAUUCAAAGAAUUAUUAGUUUCUCUCGUUGCUGCAAUAUUCUCUGGAUUCGGAGUAUUGUUCUUAAUGCUCUGGGUGGGAAUUUAUGUUUAGAUUUGAACUGUCAUCUCACAACUGCCAGUCGAUUAUCCCUCUGCAUUUUCCCGUACACUAAGAAUGUCAAACUCAUGAAUUGAAUUUAAGCAAUAAAUCAAUUAAUUUUA